CCGAAUCAAUUCCAAGUUUCCAACAAAAAAAAAAUGCUAUUAAAACCCGUGAGAAACCCCCAACGCAAAGGUUUGAAUCUGCAAAAGGGUUUUUGUGUUUGAAUCGAAGGCGGGCUUCAACUUUCGAGUGUAUCACUGACACCGUCCAGUCGGAGUCGAAAAUGGAUGUCCCCAAAGAUCAGAUGUCUACUCUUCUCGAUUGCGGUCUUUAUAACUCUGCUCAAAUGCUCGGUUGUUUCCUUGUUUCUUCAUCUUCUGUGAAUAAUGACUCCAGCCCACAUCUCAAGGCUGAAAAUCUGGCUCUCCAUGGUGAUGCUUUGUUUCGAGAUAAGGAGUACAAAAGAGCUAUUCAUGUGUACAAACAAGCAUUGCAAUACCACAAAAUCAUUCCAAAAAUAAAUGCAACAACUAGAAGUUCAUUGUCCACAUCAAACAGGUCUUCUUCCCCAAAUUCUUUUAAUGUAUCAGCAAUAAAUGAAAACGAGGUGAAGUUCAAAAUCGCAUCUUGUCAUUGUGCCAUUAACGAGAAUAGAGCCGCUCUUGCUGAGAUGGAGACUAUUCCAAGUAAAUCAAGGAACUUGCAAAUGAAUCUAUUGUUGGGAAAGCUUUAUCGAUAUUCUAAACACAUUCGUCCUGCCAUUGCUUGUUACAAAGAGUGCCUAAGACAUUGCCCAUAUAUCAUUGAGGCUAUUACAUCAUUGGCUGAGUUAGGUGUUCAAGCAAAAGAUAUUUUUUCAUUGCUUCCACAGACACCUAACAGAAGUGGAAGGCCUCCUUUUGAUCAGUUUGAAUCCAACCGUUGGUUGCAACGUUAUGUUGAGGCUCAAUGUUGUAUUGCAUCAAAUGAUUAUAAAGGUGGUCUAGAACUUUUUUCAGAACUUCUUCAACGGUUUCCCAACAAUGUGCACAUAUUACUUGAAAUGGCAAAGGUGGAAGCUAUCAUUGGGAAAAACGAUGAAGCCAUUAUGAAUUUUGAGAAGAUUCGGUCAGUUGACCCUUAUGUGGUGAAAUAUAUGGAUGAAUAUGCUAUGCUUUUGAAGCUAAAAUCAGAUCCAUUAAAGUUAAACAAAUUGGUGCAUGAUUUGCUAAACAUUGAUCCAGCCAGGCCUGAAGUGUUUGUGGCUUUAUCUGUUUUGUGUGAAGGGAAAGAUGACAGAGCUGCCUUAACUAAUGCUGAGAAAAGCAUACGAAUUGAUGAGAGACAUAUAACUGGACACAUAGUGAAGGGUAACCUGUUUCUAUCAAUGAAUCAACCAGAAGCAGCUGUGGUUGCCUUCAGAUCUGCUCAGGAAUUAAGACCUGAUCUGCGUUCCUAUCAAGGGUUAGUUCGAUCUUAUCUGGCAGUUUCAAAAACCAAAGAAGCAUUAUAUGCUGCAAGAGAGGCAAUGAAGGCCAUGCCUCAAUCUGCAAAAGCUCUAAAACUUGUUGGUGAUGUAUAUGCUAGUAAUUCUAGUGGAAGAGAAAAGGCUAAGAAAUUUUACGAGUCUGGCCUUAGACUAGAACCUGGUUACCUUGGAGCUGCAUUAGCAUUGGUGGAUUUGCACGUGAUGGAAGGUCGCAACUAUGAAGCUGUAACUCUUCUUGAAAGAUACCUUAAAGAUUGGACUGAUGACUCACUACAUGUUAAGCUUGCUCAGAUUCUUGCUGCUACUAAUAUGUUGCAGGAUUCCCUCUCACAUUAUCAGGCUGCUUUGAGGAUUAAUCCUCAAAAUGAAUCAGCAAAAAAAGGGUUGGAACGAUUGGAGAAGCUAAUGAAGGGAGUUGAUCCUGAUGCCCCUGAAGAAGAGGAGGAGAACGAUGGUGAUGAUGGUGAUGGUGAUGGUGAUGCUGAAGAAGCGGAGCUUUUAUGAUGGAUCAAAGGUUUGAAAUUGGUGACAUCUCUCAUCUUUUUGUUCAUCUACAUGUAUAUCAUCAAGAUCUUAUAUAGUCCACCUUCAGAUGGAGAUUAAGAGAACUUAAAAAGCAUCUGAAAUAUGUUUUGACCAAUUUAAAUUUGGUCAAAAAAAUGUUGUAUAAAAAACUUGUAAGGUGAUGCAUGCUCAUAGCUUCAAGUUGUUUGACUCGCUAAUGAGCAAAAGAAAUGAUUCAAUCGUCUUUUAUUCAGACAUGUGUUAUUUUUCGUGUAAAACUUCGAUUCUUUUGUAGAUUUAUUUACUUAGUGAUCUUAAUCAUAUAUAACUCUUAAUCAUGUAACAUUC